CACGACCCCAAGCGGAUCGACAUCUCGUGGGAUUGCUUGGCGUCACGGCGGGGGUCGUGCCGGACGGGUGGCUCGCUCCCCACAACGUUAUUUUUGAAUCCGCCGACCCCCACUAGCAUGUCCGACAUGCAGUGCAAAUACGCGUACAAGGAAUGCUACAACUUGCGCACCCUACGACGCGACGGUGGCAUCCAUCGCCUCUGCGAGUUUCACCGGAGCAAAGCGAACGCGCUGCAAAAGGCUUACGCGACGAAGCGCCGUAGGGAACUGCGCGCCCAGAAGCGCCUCGUCCUUAACACGAAACUGGGGCCAUUCGAACCCGUCCGAUUUGUCACCCCCGCACCAGCAAGCGUCAACUCCACCCCUCGUGCAACGAUCGACCUGUGCGAUAUUGUAUAUGCAGACUUUGUCUGCCCGGUUCACGAAUGCGCAGUGGCCCGGAUCGACGACCAGUCGGACGUUGAAACACUCUCAGACGACGAAGUCGCCUUCUUGAACGGCGUCUUGUAGGUAGAAUCCUGCUCGUGGCGUGUGUGUCGUAACUCCGUGUCAAGCAUGCUGUCUUCGCUCCUUUGAGGUGUGGGUUCGAGCUAAGGCUGGCUGGUCUUGGCUACCCCAGUACCCCAGCACAACUCGGUUGCGUUUCAAAACAGGGUGAACUCGCCGUCGACUUGGUGGUGAAGCCCCCCCACACUCCCUUUCCCGCGCAUGGCUGUGCUGCAUGGAGGAGAAGAGGCCAAAGUAAGGAUUGGUUGUCAUUUCUCUUGAUGUUGCGGUUCCAAGCACAGCAACGCUUGUUCCACGUGGGGAUGGAUGACCUCAACUUGGGCAAGUUCAGACAAACCCUGGCCGCUCGAAGCAGGACACCGACAGCUGUCUGGAGCAUGUGCAAGAGGCUGGACAGCGUGCGCCCCCACUUCCUCCGCGAUUACUCAGACUUCGACAAAUCGAUUGGUUCAAGCCGUCACAAACCAGGGGAUGUGGCAGCGACUAUCCUGCUGCCCUUGGGGAUCUCAGACCGCCACGAAUUGAACUCGCGAAUUCCCCCCUUUCGUCCUCCGCAUCAGUGGGGUUGCGCCAGGCAAGCCCUUCCUCUGAACCGUAGACCCAUUAACGGCACACUUGUGGCGGCCGCGGACUAGCAAGCUUGCCCGAGGACAUUGCACAAUGGCCCUCCAAUCAAUUACACGGCGUGGGUUUGGGCGGAACGAACGUACCCCCCCCCUUCCCUUCACUCCCACUAACCCCUCAAGGUGUCAAUGGUGGCCCCCUUUGCAUGAUCAGUGGGCGACUGGACGCGUCCGAGUUCAUGUAUAUUCGGGAAUGGUUCUCUCGUGUUCGCAGGAAAAUACGCUGCGUAUUUCUCGCACUUGCCACUUCGACUCAAUUUCGUCGCCAUUGUCACUGCCGCUGCACGGGCACAAGCAAGUGCUCUUGCUUGGCUGAAGAUCUGGUCAUGUGUCCAACAAACCUCCUCGACACCCCGGUCGAGCUGUCAUGAGGACCACGAUGGGUGCUUCUCCCCACAAUGCGCGAACGAUCCAGGCAGAGCGGGCGGUGCCAAGGGGCUCGGCACGCCCCAGACGACGGGCGGCAUGAACCACCAGACGAAGCGUCGACAUGAUGUCGCUGCAGAAAUUGUCCCAAUUCCAUCGUUCGGGGUUUCGUAAAAUAUUGCCAAAAUCGACCUGAAUUUGUCCGAACACUGAAUUUUUUUGCGCA